GCUAAACGCCGGAUUUAUAGUUAUUCUUCACGAACUCAGUGUGGCGAGUUAGACUAACGAUGACUGGAUCCAGGCCGCGGGUUGUAAUAUGCACAUGAACACAGCCUACACAAAAUUGGAAGAUCUCCGCCUACAACUAUUUCCAGCAGCGUUGGGAGUGAAAGAGUUAACCCAUUUUGUGUUGCAAGAGCAGUGAGAGGGCGUUGAAUAGUUCUCUACCUCAGUCUGUGGGUGAUUUGUCUUCAGUAGUUCUGUGGAUGUCUAACGAUGGUCCACGGUGCUGCGCUGCUAUUAUUUAAAUAAGCUGUUGUGUUAUUCGUGAAUAAUGUCAAUGAAUAAUUCUAACGAAAGUAGUUUUAUUUAAUUUUAUAAAUCGUGCCGAUGAAGAAAAUAAGUUGAUUCCUUUUUGUAAGUGCGCAAGAGUGGAGUUUGGGUUGCCGCUAAAGUCAACAGAAAAGACAGAAAACACUACUGGAAAAGAUAGUGUUCUCAAUUAAAACAAUGGAGAGACUCAAAGAAGAUUUAGCGACAUUGUCUGACCUGGAUGAAAAAAGUUUGCUGGAAUCACUUACUGGACGAUUCAAGCAGAACCACAUUUAUACUUACAUUGGGGAUAUCCUGGUGGCGAUAAACCCUUUUAAAUACCUGCCAAUCUAUGAAAAAGAGGUGUCGGAGCGGUAUAAGUGCCAUGAGAAAGCAGCCUUACCUCCCCACAUCUUCGCCGUGGCGGACCGGGCCUACCAGUCCAUGCUGGGACGUCUGGCCACGGGACCCCGAAAUCAGUGCAUCGUCAUCAGCGGAGAGAGCGGCGCUGGGAAGACCGAGAGCACCAAGCUGCUGCUGAGACAGAUCAUGGAGCUGAGCAGGGCCAACUCUCAGCUGGAGCAGCAGAUACUGCAGGUGAACCCCCUCCUGGAGGCGUUCGGCAACGCUCAGACCGUCAUGAACAACAACAGCAGCCGCUUCGGGAAGUACAUCCAGCUGCGAUUCCAGAACUCUGCAGUGAAGGGAGCGAAGAUCAACGAGUACCUGCUGGAGAAGUCGCGCGUGGUGCAGCAGGACGAGGGCGAGCGGAACUUCCACAUAUUCUACUGCAUGCUGGCGGGGAUCUCCCGCGAGGACAAGGAGAUCUACGGCCUGCUGGACCCCACGCAGUACAGGUACCUGAAUGGGAGGUAUGGGGCGGAGGACAUGGUGCAUGUUUGGAGUGAGAAGUACGCUGAGGUGUCCAACGCCAUGGACAUGGUGGGCUUCGAGGAGCAGGAGAAGGUGGACAUGAUGACCAUACUGGCCGGGAUCCUCUCCCUGGGCAACAUCAUGUUCGAGCCGGCCGACGGCGAGAUGCUGAAGGUGACGGCCAAGUCGUCCGGCUGGCUCAAGGCCACCGCGGGUCAGUUCGGGGUCCAGGAGGAGGAGCUUCUGCGGAGCCUGACCUGCACCAUGUCGAUGACCCGCGGGGAGGCCAUCCGCCGCUUCCACAACCUGCAGCAGGCCGAGGACGCCAGGGACUCCAUCGCCAAGGUCGCGUACGGCCGAGUGUUCGGCUGGAUCGUCAGCAAGGUCAACGAGCUGCUGGAGCCCGACGUGGACCUGGACGUCCAGCUCAGCGAAAUAGGCAUCCUGGACAUCUUCGGCUUUGAGAAUUUUGCGGUGAACCGCUACGAGCAGAUCUGCAUCAACCUGGCCAACGAGCAGCUGCAGUAUUUCUUUAACCACCACAUCUUCCUGAUGGAGCAGAAGGAGUAUAAGGAGGAGGGGAUCACGUGGGACACCAUCGACUUCAAGGACAACAAGCCUAUCCUGGAUCUCUUCCUUACCAAGCCGUUUGGGAUCUUCUCUCUCCUGGAUGAGCAGAGUGCCUUUCCUCAGGCCACAGAUAAAACCUUUGUUGACAAACUGAACAGCAAGUUUAAGAGCCACCCGCACUACGAGGUGGUCCGCAGCCACAACCCGCUGUUCACCGUCGUGCACUAUGCUGGGAAGGUCCAGUACAACGGCAGCGGCUUCCUGGAGAAGAACCGGGACACGAUUCCCGCCAGCAUCCGCGGCCUGUUCAUCAACAGCGUCACACCCCUGCUCAGCGUGCUCUUCACAGCAACAAUAUCUCGGACAGGAACCCUGAUGCCACGUAAAGACAAACUCGUUCAAGCUGCCGCCGAUAAUUUCAACUCGACCAGGAAACAGUCCGUCGGCGCUCAGUUCAGGCACUCAUUAGCUGUCCUUAUGGAGAAGAUGUUUGCAGCCAACCCGCACUUUGUGCGUUGCAUCAAGCCCAACACCAACAAGCAGCCCGAUGAAGUGGACAGCAAAAUCGUGAUGGAUCAGCUGCGGUACAAUGGCUUGCUGGAGACGAUCCGGAUACGCCGGGACGGAUUCUCCUGGCGCCCCUCCUUCAAAGAGUUUGCGCAGAGGUACGGGAUCCUUCUGCUGAAGCCCGACCUGCCCUUGAACAAAGAAAGCUGCAUGUCAGUUCUGAAUCUCACGGAGCUCCAUGGAUGGAAAUGUGGGUCCGCUCGUCUGUUCUUUAAAUACUUUCACCAGGAGGAGCUGGCCAGGCUCCUGGACAGACUGGGGAGAGCCGCGCUGGUCCUUCAGAAGAACCGGCGGGCGGUGAGGUGCCGGAGGAGGUACCUGGCGCUGCUGGGGGAGGUGCGGAGACAGAGGCAGGCACAGCGGGAGAGGGAGGAGCAAGAGGAGGAGGCAGCCAGGAGGCAGCAGCUCCUGGAGGAGGAAGAGGAGAUGAAGAAGCGUCAGGACGCGGGGCGAGAGAACAAGAGACCAGUUUCCCCACCUGUCCCCCUACCGAGGAUGAAGAAGCCCCAGCCCAGACCUCGUGCCAUCCUGCCAGGGAGUCCGAAGGCCCCCCGUCUCGCCCCUGUCCCCCGGCCGCGUAGCAAGCAGUUUCAGGCCAUGCCUUUUGACAAUGACCUGGAUGUGGACAGUGACCUGGCCCACCUGGUGGGACAGCAGGGGGGGGAGGAGCGGGCCAAGGAGAGGCACACCAAGCGGAGGAAGACCGUCCGCUGGUUCAAGGAGACCCAGGCCAGGAAGGUGGUGAGGAACGGGGCGUUCCCCUGCUGGUUCCACGGCAUGAUCACACGCAGGCAAGCAGAGGAUCUCCUGACAGACAAGUCCGUCGGCUGCUUCCUGAUCCGUGUGGGACAAAGCCGGGAGGGCUACACGCUAUCGUACAGGGGCAAAGACCGCUGCAGACACUACAUGAUCGAGAUGCAGACCAACGGGAAGUACGUGAUCCUGGGGGAGGACAGAGCCCACUCCUCGCUGCCGGACCUGGUGGCGCACCACGCCCGCGUGGGAAUCAAGCCCUUCAUGGAGGUCCUCACUGUGCCCUGCGGACAGAUGUGCGACCAGGAGCCGGACUACGAAGAGCUGAAGAACCUCAUGCUGUCCCCCUCAUUCGCCGACAGAGGCCACGCCCCUGGGGGGGAGGAGCCUGAGCCCAGGCCGGACCGGGCGUACCUGGACCUUCAGAGGCUCUUCAUCCGGCCGGGUCAGAACCCGGGCCCGGAGGACCAGAGGCCCGCGGUCCAGAGGAGGGUCCCGGACCGCCGGUUCUGGGCGGAGAGCGGGGAGAGGCGGGACGACCCGCAGGGUGCGGAGCACGAGGACGAAGCCGAGGCCGGCUCCAAGAGCAGACCCGUGCCCCGUCUGUACCCCUCGAUUCGCCUGGCCAUGAGAGAGAUUCAGCAGCACUUCGCAGCCAAUCACGAUCAGUAGCCUUUCGAGUCCUGGUGCCUGGAAAACUGCACUGAUUGGCAACCCGGCAACUGCCUCAUCCAUUUUCUGCGAUGCUGCUACUUUUUGUAUCACAGAAAUAAAGACUUUUCCCAUGUCAGUGAAAUAUGAGGAGAAACUUGUUUUUAAAAUAAAAAUUGUAUUGGGCUGAUAUUUUAAUUUAAGGGUGUUCUGUGUUACAGUGCGUACUUUGUGUUUUUGUGAAUAUUUAAUUGUAAAUUAUAAAUGUUGACGUUUUAUAUAUGAUGGCUCCAAAUAAAACUUUUUUGUUUGUUUUA